CGAGCCACAGGUUCAAGAUGCCAGCUGCGUUUCCACUUGUGACAGUGCUGCUCUUGCAUUCUUUGGGAGUCAUUGGGCAGACAAUCCCUCGAUUAUGGCAACCUCAUCCUUCGGUGACGGCCACCAGCGGGCAGAACCCUAAGAUACGAUGCCAAGUAUUGAACGACAGAGCUGUCCAUUUUGUCUUUUCCUGGUACAAGCAAACAAAGGGCAAUGCCAUGAGUUUCAUUUUGAGUGUUCGUGCUAAAAACAAGCCGAGGUACGCAGCAGGCAUCAGCGAGAGAUUUGUGCCCGAAUUCAACACAGUGGAGGACAGCUUGGACCUGACCAUCGGGAACUUCGACACUUCUGAUGUGGGCACGUACUACUGCGCCAUCUGGUACUCCAGUCAGUACAUCUUUGGAGACGGGACGGAGGUUGAGUACUCGGAUUCGAUUCAGCCACCCCGCACUCCCCUACUCCAUCUUUUCCCACCAUCACCUCAGCAACUUCAUACUAAAAAUGAAGCCACGCUGCUGUGCGUGGCUCGACAUAUGAGGCCCCAGCAUGUACGACUGCGCUGGGCAGUGGAUGGGCAGGCACAAGACCUACAACAGCAGGUGGAGGCAUCUGAACGUGAGCCAGAGGGCACAUUCACCUCCUGGUCGAUGCUGCGCAUUAGUAGUGACACCUGGCAGAGGGGAGCGUGGGUAACGUGCCAAGCAGACCAUGAAACGGUGGAUCCGAGUACUCCGCUGGAGAAGAGUGUGGAGUUGGGGUUAAGACGAGGAGAUUGUAAAGAAGAAGAUAAAUCCGGAUGGAAUAUUCAAGAUGACAAUAUGACCAGCAGCAGGAAUUCUUUCUCAAAUAAUUAUGCAGGUGACCUGGCGCAUAUUUUGGACAUCACCACUUUCUGCUACUUUUGUCUAUUGGUCUUCUCCAUCUUGUUUGGAAGUGCAAUCACCAGCUUAAUUUUUUUUAAAAGUAAAAAUCUCCGGGAUAGGGUCAAAAGCCGCCAAGCUCCACUUGAGGUUGCACCCAGAGCACGUCCUAAAGUGCAGAAGUAAUCAUCCGGUUCACUCUUAUGAUCCAGUUCUAGACCGGUGCUAUUCAAAGAUGACCAAACCUCAUAGCAGACCCUCUGUAAUCAUUCCCUUAGCAGUUGGCCUUUCUUUGGAUCAGAUGUUCUUAGUCCUCUGAGUUUUUAUUAGGUUAAUUAAGUCUGAAAACUGAAUAGAGAGCCAAUCAACAAAAUGGAAACGUGGAAUGUGAUAUAAAAAAGAAAUAAAAAGAUCAGGCAUAAAUAUAUGACAAAACUGUAAACGAUUCUGACUAACAAUCCUGUUUAAACAGACAGUGGCAGCCAUUCAACACGUAGUGAGGUUUCUGGGGGCUGCAGUGGCGACUCCCUUUGUUUCCAAGUUAGUCUCUAAUUCUUGGGUACUGCAGUGUAUUAAAGUUUUUCCAAGGCUGCAAUAUUCUAAGAUGAGCAAUAUUCUAGUAUAUUCUCUGCGCCUGGGUCCUGUGUAGAACAGGGGUCUGCAGUCCUCAAACCCUCCUGCGGCUUCAUUCUAAUCAUCUUCUUAAUUAGUGACCAGUUUUUGAUGUUAAUUAACAUCUUUUUCCUUCAUGUUAACCGACUUGGUUUUUUAAGAAUCAGUCCAUUGAAUUCUUUUAUAAUUUUCUUUAAACAACACCCAAACAAAAAUGAGAUUUGAAAUUCACCAAAAGAUGACCAGCUAAGCCAAGGCCUCAAACUCCAACCAAUUUCACUCCAACCAGUUUCUUAAUCAGAAGCUGAUUUUUGUUGUUAAUUAAACAAUUACUUAACUCCAUGGCUUGUUUGUACCACAGUAGACAUGGAUUGAUAGCCCACCCAAGCUUGGUCCAAACUUUGAAUCUAAUGCUUCUGGUAAAGGCUUAAGCCUCAUUUGGAAUACAUGGGUUCACUGAGUGAUGAAUAAUCAUUUAAAGCAGACUGGCAAGCAGGUGAAAUCAUUGUUCAGAUGUGCAUUGUGUGUUAAGAAGGACAGAAGCAACAAGAAACUUGACAGGAACAUUUUUCCAAAGGAUCCCAGCAUAGCUGUGCUGGCAAAUACACCAAAGACACAUAAUCAUUUGUCAGGCAAUGAAUGAGUUUAAGGGAUAGCCAUGUAGGGUCCGGCAUCCCGAGAAGAUGCGCUGUGUUACUGAGAUAAAUCUCCAUUAAAAGGUACUCUUACUUUAAAUUUUUUUUAAAAGCCACUGCUAGAGUUUAAAUAUGUUAUUAUUAACAUAUGUGAUAAUUAAAUGCUCCCUAGCUUAACACUCUUACACAUCUCCUAUCCUUAGAACAUACAGAGAUGCUUUCUACACACCUUCAAUUUCUAUUAGCUUACAGUUUCAAAUUUGGAUUGAGAAAAGUCAC